AUGCCAUUGCGAUCGACUUCGGGGGACAUAACCCCCCACAAAUUUCGAGUGGUCAUUGUCGGCGGCUCGAUCGCUGGCCUGACUCUUGCCCAUGCCUUAGCUGCCUAUGGCAUUGACUUUGUUGUUCUAGAGGCCCGUGAGGAAAUCGCUCCAAAUGUUGGCGCAAGUAUUGGCUUCUCCGGUAACUCCCCCCGGAUCCUGGACCAGCUCGGUGUGUGGGAUGAACUUGCCGAUCUCGCAACACCCAUAAUCAACAACUAUGCAUGGAACGAUAAAGGCCAUCGGCUGGGAUACACAGGAGCCUUCAAGCUAUCUCAAGUUCGGUGGGUCCUAUUCUCCCCUUGUCUUGUGGUGUACACUGUUGCUAAGUAUGUACCUGGUAGCCAUGGAUACCCAGUGAUUUUCCUUAUGCGACAGCAAGUACUGGACGUGCUUUGGAAUACGUUGCCAGACAAGAGCCGUGUUCUAACUGGUAAAAGAGUGGUCAGGAUGCAGCAAUCCUCCACAGAAGCGACUGUGCAGUGCCUUGAUGGCUCUACCUAUACGGGUGAUAUCGUUGUUGGCGCCGAUGGCGUGCACAGUAUCAUCCACAAAGAGAUGUGUCGACACAUGGAAGUAAUGCAGCUGGGCGAUUCAUUGCAAUCUGAAAAUAAGAGGAUGGCCACGCAAUAUCGCGGUGUCUUUGGUAUUUCAAGCUCAGUUCCAGGGAUCAGAGAAGGAGAGAUGCACAAUGUCUUUGUAAAGGGGGCUUCUAUCCUGACUAUUGGCUGUAAGGACCAUGUGUUUUGGAUCGUGGGAGUCAAGAUGGAACGAACAUACUACGCUCCUGAAGCUCCGCGUUUCAAUCAGCAUUUGGAAGAUGACCUUGCAUUUUUGAUGAACAAAUACGUUUGCGCAGGAGCUCAGUUUAAGGAGGUAUAUCAACGAACUGUUAGAUGCAGCCAUCUGCCUCUCGAAGAAGGUAUAUUUGAGCGAUGGAAUUGUGGAAGGGUGGCUUGUAUAGGGGACGCUGUUCACAAGAUGACUCCAAAUCUUGGCCAAGGAGGAUGUUGCGCUAUAGAAAGUGCCGCAACCUUGGCCAAUGCAAUAAUUGACAUGGCGGAAAACUCAGAAAAACAGCAACUUCAAAAUAUCGAAACCAGAUUGGGCUCCUGGGCAACUGCGAGCAAACCCAGGAUGAGGCUUAUUUGUACGCUAUCAGAGAUGGUGACUCGGAUGCAAUCGCUAGAUAAUGUGGUCUAUGAGAUUACUGGCCCAAUCUUUUCCAAAUACUAUAUCGAUGCCUUUGCAGAUCUCAUAUCUGACAUGGGCGUGGGUGGAGAAUGUAUAUCGUUUCUACCUCUACCCAAACGUCAAAGUACCGGGACAAUGCCGUUUGGGAAGCGGCAUUAUAUCGGGUCCCCGAUUAUACCAUCUGGCCGACUAGUUUGGACGGUCCCGCUUCUGGUUUGCUUCUCUUUGAGCAUUAUUGUGUCUCCCGGGAAGGCCCCAGCUUCGAGUCCUUGGGACGUUUAUUCCGCGAUUGCAGACGUGGGAAUUUUCCAGGCUAUUUGGGCCCUGGAGAGCGUAAGAUUUUGCAACGCCAUAACUUUCAUGAGCUUGUAA